UUCGUGGGGAAGAGAGAAAGAGAGUAGAGACCAGAGAGGAGAGAGUCAGUUGGGAAAGAGGUUCCAUUUUUAUUCAUUCCAAAGUUAACAAGAGAUCUUCUGCGUCACUUGUCACUGGUUGUACCAGAUAAAUAAAAUUAUCUACUACAUCCAAUUUUAGCAGAGAUCCUUCACACUCCCUUUUCAGUAAUGGGCGAAGCUUGUGGGUGUUGGUACUGUGAACAGGAGAAGAAAGAAGAAGAGAAGAAGGAGGAAGAGGAGAAGAAAGAAGAGAAGAAAGAAGAAGAGAAGAAAGAAGAAGAAAAGAAGGAAGAAGAAAAGAAGGAAGAAGAGAAGAAGGAAGAAGAGCCUCAAGAGAUUGUCCUCAAGGUUGAUAUGCAUUGCGAGGCCUGUGCCAGGAAAGUGGAAAGAGCUUUGAGAGGAUUCCAAGGUGUGGAGGAUGUGAAGACAGAUUGCAAGUCUCAUAUGGUGGUAGUGAAAGGAAAGACAGCAGACCCGGUAAAGGUGUGCGAGAGAAUUCAAAAGAAAAGCGGUAGGAAGGUGGAGAUAAUUUCACCUUUGCCCAAACCCCCUGAAGAGGAGAAGAAAGAAGAAGGCAGCGAUAACAAACCGGAAGAGAAAAAAGAUGAGCCUCCUCCUGUAAUCGCAGUCACAUUGAAAGUACGGAUGCACUGCGAAGCCUGUGCUCAAGUCUUGCAGAAGCGUAUUAGGAAGAUCCAAGGGGUAGAGUCUGUAACAACAGAUCUAUCAAAUGAUCAAGUAAUAGUAAAAGGAGUAGUUGAUCCAGCGAAUCUGGUGGAGAAGGUGUACAAGAGAACGAGGAAGCAAGCGUCCAUAGUGCCGGAGGAACCCAAGAAAGAAGAAGAAAAGAAAGAGGAGGAGAAAAAGGAAGAGAAAGUGGAGGAAAAGAAAGAAGGCGGAGGUGAGGAAGGAAAAGGAGAAGAGGAGCAGAAAAGCGAUGCCAAGAAAAGUGAGUAUUGGCCUCCCAAGUACUACCAUCACUACUACUACACCUACCUGGAAAAUGCUUACACCCCUCAAAUUUUCAGCGAUGAGAACCCAAAUGCAUGCUCUGUCAUGUAAUAUCUAAUAAUAUAAUUAACGUAGAAUCCAACCACCACCCAAUACAAUAGUAUAUGUAUACAUAUGUAUAUAUAUACACUUUGUACUGGGGUUUUGUAAUGUACCAGUAAUUUAAGUGUUCUGCUUAAUUAGCUCCCUUGGUGCAAUUUUCUACAUGUAUUAAAUAUGUAUCGUGCCAAUAAGACUUAACUAAGAACCUGUCUUAUUUUUAGGUUUGUGUACCCAAUCUGUACACAGCCCAUGUGGUGUGGUGUCCUUGCUUUGUGAUUUAUGAAGAUUGAACCUACUCUGUAGUCUCUCUA